AUGCAUCCGCCUAUUAUUGGUACUAUUGACUCCCAAAAUGCAAAUUGUCAAAAUUCGGACUUGCCAGUAAAAAUAAAUUCAACAAUAAAUCUUGGAGAAUCAGAAAAUGGAAAUCAAUAUAAUCAUCCUAAUCAAACAAGAUCAAUAUCUGUCGAAUUUUCUCAAAUACUAAAAACUUUUGAUUUAAAAAUAGAUGCGAACACGCAAUUGUAUAACGAUUUAAAAGACAUAAUUUCGACUUCACCUCAUGAUUUAGCUCUAAAAGGUAUGAAUAUUACAUCAAAGAACGGUUUUACUUUACAUUUAGCUCAAAAUGGCAUCUCAUUGGUAUGCUCCGGCAAUAGAGGAUCUAGAUGCAGAGCCAAAGUCAAUAUCAUUCAAACAAAAGAGGGAAUCUUUAGAUUUCAAUUUGAAAAAGGUCAUUACCAAUCAUGCUUAGGCGUAAAAACCUUUCCAACAUCAUAUAUUACAACAAUUAUCGAUUCUCAUCCAGAUGUUGUCGAUUCUUGUACGCAUGCUCAGUUUUAUAAAAAUCAUAUUUUAAAAAACGCAAGUUCGGACGAUAUAAGUUAUCAAAGAGUAAAUCGUGCAUGUAAUAAAUUGCAAUUACGAGAUAAAGAUUCGCGUUACGAUAAAUUUACAACAAUUUUAUCUUUAUUAAAAUAUUUGAAGGAAGAACAUGGUGCAACAACUCAAAUUAUUCUUUCAGAUGAAAUAAUACCAAGAGAUGAUUAUGAUAAUAUCAUUAAAAAUUUUAAAAAAGUCGUAAUAAAACAUUUUGCAAUUACACCUUAUCAUUCAAAGCUUUUAUUACAAUCCAAAGCAUUUUGUGGUAUUCUUCUCAUUGAUGGAACACUUAUUUUUGGAAUUUGUGGUGGAUGUUUUAUAAUAACUGGAACAAUUACCCCAAAUAAGAGAUUUAUUCCACUUACUUUUGGUUGGAGUUAUUCAGAAAACUCAGAUGCAACAUCACUUAUUCUGGAUCAGCUUAAUACAUGCUCGGUGAAAGAUUCAGUCAAAGUAAUCUUUUCAGAUCAAGGUACAGCUCUGAAAAAAUCAAUUCCAAAAACAUUCCCUCUUGCCGAAGAAAGGGAUUGCAUGUUCCACAUUACUGAAAAAAUCCUAGAUUCUGAAAUUUGUCAAUUAAUCAAAGAUCUUUUUAGAUCCAAACAUCCAGAUGAUUGGAAUGCAAAUAUUCAAUUACUGGAAAAGAACUUGAAACCAACAAUUAUUGAAUUACUUCAAAAAAAAUAA